UUAACAAGAGCAAGUCUGAAAUUGCUGCGCAAAAUGUUUAAAAACGUGGUCAUCAAUUUCGAAAUUGCAAAGAAGCUAACGAAAUUGGAUUAUGGCUUUAUUGAUACAAAAUUUGGAGAAAUGGUUAUGGGACAUUCGGUGGAAAAUGGAUUUCUUCACAUUGCCUAUUUACAUUUUUCCGAAGGUCGUCCCAUAGAUCAUUUUGCUGCCGAUAUGAAGAAGCGUUGGCCAAACGCAGACCUUCGUGAGGACUCGGAGAAAUCUCAGCGUUCCUUUGAAACUUACUUCCAGAAGCAAAAGCCAAAGCGUGAGGUAUAUGUCGUGUUGACUGGUUCAAAGUUUCAAAAUCAAGUAUGGUCAGCCUUAUUAAAGAUACCAUAUGGUGAGGAACGUACGUAUACGGAUGUGGCCACAAUGAUAAAGCGUCCAAAAUCGGUCAGAGCUGUGGCAACAGCGGUGGCAAAAAAUGAUAUAGCUGUAUUUAUACCAUGUCAUCGUGUCAAAUCCAAAACUAAUGAUAUGCACAAAUAUCGUUGGGGUAAUGAGUUGAAGGUGAAACUUUUGAACGAUGAAAAAGGAAAGCAUUAACUACUGAAACAGAUAUAUUUUACUAUGUUCGUUUAAUAUCAAAACAACUAUUUUGUAAGCCUUCAGUCCUAAGCUUUAAGCGAAAAUUUUAUUUUAUUCUAUAAGGGCAAUAUGAAUUUUAUU